GAGAACAUGCAAAAUCGAUAUUUCCUUAUACAGAUUUUCCAUUUUAAACAUGUUUUAAGGCAAAAUGUAUUAAAGUGCAAUUUGUUACAGUCCAACGAAGUCGACUUUGACAUUCAGAAAAAACAAAAAGAAAUCGUGGUGGACGUCAUAGGCUCCAAAGACAAACAAAAAGUAAUUUUGACAACGUCGCUAUCCAAAGAUAAAAAAUACAGCACGGAGAGUGAAUCGUACGCAGUUCCUGUCCCUUCCCUCGAAUUCGCCUCUCUGUGUUUACGCAAUGCUGCCACCCUUUUACCCUCUGACAACAACACGUCUCCCAUUCCUCUAUUUUUGAUACCAGGAGUGACUCCCCCUGUACCGUCUUGUACCCCAGGCCCGGCCCCUUCUUCCCCUAUGUCACCAGAAAGUAUAAUGAGUCUCAGAAACAGUAUUCUGGCAGCUAGUGCUUACGUCGCCUUGUGUCUAGGUGACUACAUUAUGGCGUUAGAACACGCCGAAAAACUUCUACAACAACCACGCUUAUCAGGAGCCCACAAGCUUCUGGGGCAUUUAUAUUGUGCUGAAGCUUUAGUUCUUCUGGAUAAAAUAUCAGAGGCUUUGGAACAUUUAAAUCCAGACAACGUCAAACACAUCAAUUUGGAGUUGCCAGGAGGUGAAGACAACGAUGAGAAGAGGAUAAAAACGUCGCCUCCGCCAAAGUGGUUUCCGCACAAUUUGGCCACAGCUCACGCCACAAUGCAGUAUAAUAUAGCCGUUUGUAAAACCAUAAGGGGUCAGUUGGAUGAAGCUAUAGCGCUUUUAAAACAAGUGUGGCAGAUGAGUGGCAAAUGUAAAGUCCCUGGUCAUAUAAUAAUGCUAGUUUUAUACAUAGAACUCAAGCUAGGUCGCCCAGAGCCCGCCCGCAAUUUAAUCAAGCAAUAUUUAUUUCAAAACAGAUUAUAAUGUGUGGACAAAAAAUCAAUAUAUUUAUUUUAAUCUG